GUAAUAUUUUAUAUUUAAAGACAAUUUAUAUGAAAUAUUUUUUCUAAUUGUUACUAAUUUUAAUAUAAAUAAUGUAUGAGUUAAAAACUUUACUACCUCAAUUUGAUAUUAAACUACCAACUUGUAUGUACGCAUUAAAAAACGUGAGUCUAUCAGCCGAUGCAUGUGCUAGGAAUAACACUAGCAAUGGUGUAGACAGCAUAUGCAAUGGAAAUCUCGCCACAACUGCCACGUCUACCUCAAAUUCAUCUCAACCUCCGUGUGUACUUGAUCUGGAUAUAUUGAGCGCUCAAGUUCAGAAAAUUUUAAAGUCAUCCAGCGAAUCAAAGGCUAUAAUUGUGCGGCAAGAUAAAGUACUUCAACAAUUAAAUGAACUUAAAGCUCAACUCGCAGGUAUAAGGUCUACAUUAGGAUUAUGUCAGAAGGGUCCACAGCAUACUAAUCAAUACGUUGGUAAAAAUGGUGGACUGAGAGAGGAACCAUUACAUGAUGUCGUUAUUAAUGGACAUCCAAAUUUUAUACCAUAUGCCUUAUUGGCUCUUAAAAAUGCGUGGAAGGAUCUGUUCACAAUUGAUAUAAAAACUUUUACACAUUCGACAAUGGCUGAUAUUGGACCUGAUGCGCGAGAGUUCGAGAAAAAAUUGGCAGCAGUGCCUGUAAAUGAGUCUAUACCGAAAAUAAAUGUGACACUUAUUUGGAAAAAUUGUGAGCAUACAGAAAUGAUAAGUUCACCUACUAUGUACGUACCCAUAUAUGGUGAAGUGAAUAUCAUUCGUUAUUUAGGACGUGUUGGCCCUGCUGAGUAUAGAUACGAGGAUUCACCACUUUGCAAUGAAAUUGAUGCUGUCCUCGAUAUUUGCUAUCAGCUCCUACGUUGCACAACCGCUAAAAGUCGAGCAAACAUGAUAAGAUCACUCAAUAAUCGCCUACAGAAACAAAAAUACUUUGGAGGUAAUGAAAUGUCCAUAGCAGAUAUUGGUGUACAUACUUCUCUAAAACGUAUGCCAGCUAUUACGGAAAAAGAUUUGACACCUGCAUUAAAUGAAUGGCGAAAACGUGCUCAAUUGGUUACAAUGAUUUAAUUACACAAUAAAAUAUUGUUAUAAUUAAAUAAAUAUUAUAAAUAGAAUA